CGCGGCAUCCCGGAACAUCCUGGGACAUCCCGGAACCGGCGGCGGGAGCGAGCGGCGGGAUCCCGCAGCAUCCCGGAACAUCCCGGGACAUCCCGGAACCGGCGGCGGGAGCGAGCGGCAGGAUCCCGCAGCAUCCCGGAACAUCCCGGAACCGGCGGCGGGAGCGAGCGGCGGGAUCCCGCAGCAUCCCGGAACAUCCCGGAACCGGCGGCGGGAGCGAGCGGCGGGGUCCCGCAGCAUCCCGGAACAUCCCGGAACCGGCGGCGGGAGCGAGCGGCAGGAUCCCGCAGCAUCCCGGAACAUCCCGGAACAUCCCGGGACCGGCCGCAGCCUCCCGCAGCCAUGGCCCGCCCCGCCGCGCCCGGCCCCGCACCGUGGUGGAAUUACUUUUUCCUUUAUGAUGGCUCAAAAGUGAAGGAGGAAGGGGAUCCAACAAGUGCUGGGAUCUGUUAUUUUUACCCUUCCCAGACCAUCCCAGAGCAGCAGGAGCUGCUGUGUGGGCAGAUGGCCGGGGUUGUUCGCUGCCUCACUGAGAUCUCCGGGGCCCCCCCCAGCCUCGUCCGCCUCAGGAAGCUCAAAUUUGCCGUGGUGGUGGAUGGAGACUUUCUGUGGGUUCUGGGCUGUGCUGUGGAGCUGCCUGACGUGAGCUGCCGGCGCCUCCUGGAGCAGCUCAUCGGCCUCUUCACCUUCUACCAGGGCCCCGUGCGUGGGGCAUACACGGCGUUUUCCCAGGAGGAGCUGAGCAGGGAGUGGGACAGGUACAUUGAACAUAUCCAAAAAAACACCAGUGACCUCCACAGGAUUUUCAAUUCUCUCUGGCAUCUGGACAAAACCAAGGUGGAUCCCCUGCUUUUGCUGAAGGCAGCUCUCAUCCUGCAGACAUGCCAGCGCUCUCCCCAUGUCCUGGCAGGCUGCAUCCUCUACAAAGGCCUGAUUGUGAGCACCCAGCUGCCACCUCCACUCACUGCCAAAGUCCUCCUGCAGGGCAGCAAGUCCCAAGGCCAGAGUGAGCCCGGAGCUGAGGAGCCACAGGAGCCUGAGUCUCCGCUGCCGCCGGGCGUGCGAAUCAUCCCCGUGUUCCUCACAGGGGAGGAGAUCUCUGUGCUCAGGGACUUCCCAGUGGAGUGGAUGGCCAGGUCACCCAUGUCCCCAGCAGGUCCUGGAAGAGAUGAGAGUGCUCUCUGCUCCCAGGCAGUUCCAGAAUCAACAGGAGCUCAUGAAAACCAAGCCCUGGGUGGAACCUCUGUGCAGGAGUCCCAUAAGGGUGUUUCAGGCACACCUGCCUUGGGAGAGGCUGUGCAGUUGGGCAGCCCUGCAAGUCCUCUGGUGGACUUCUCUGGAAUGGGAGCCAGCACAAGGAAUUCUUCAGCUGCAAACCUGAGUGGAGCAGGCAGUGAAAGCUCAGAGCUCAGCAGGAAAACAUCCUUCCCCUCAGAGAGUGACACAGAGCGGCUCCCACACCCUUCCUCACUCCAGACUGAAUGUGCUUGGACUACAGGUCCAUACAUGGAAGGCUUUUCCUUUCCCAACCCUUACUUCUGGGAGCAGGAGAGCAAGGACAAGAGGGAAUCCCCUGCAGACUCUGAUGUUGGUCACUGCGCUUCCCAAAAUUCCCUUUCAGUCAGCCACAGUCCAGCUGAGCCACAGGAGCUGAGCAGAAGAGAAUCCAGUGAUCAGGACAAGCCCUGGACUGUGAGCCAGGACCGUGUGUCUGGAGGAAGUGACAGCACAGCUGGUGACCACAUGUGGGGCUUGGAUUGUCCAGGCCCUGCUGGACACGCACAGCUCCGGAGCGGGAGGCAGCUGCUGCUCCCAGGCGUUCAGGAGGCUCUGCCCAGUGACCCUGCAGGGGACAGGCCGUGUCCCAGCAGCAAGGAGGACAAGCUGGGUGGCAGAGGCAGUGAGCCAACCCAGCUGAGCCUCUAUGUUCACUGCAUCCAGGGGCUGGUGCUGUCACUGCUGGCUGAGGAGCAGCUGCGCCGGGACCGCCGCGCCGUGGAGGAUGUGUACCACAGCAGCCUGGCCUCCCUGAAUGGCCUCGAGGUUCACCUGAGGGAGACUCUGCCCAAGGACUCUUCGACCUCAGCCAGGACAAACUACAGCUUCACACACUAUGACUGUGUCCAGAACGUCCUCACAGCCAACUUGCCCCCCACCCCCGGGCCCCUGGAGCGGCACUUCCUGAGGGCAGCCACACUCAUCCACUCUGACUUCAGCCAGCUCCCCACGGCCUCAGAAGUGAUCAUCAGGAAUGCCUCCACAGCCGUGUAUGCCUGCAGGAAUCCUGUCCAGGAGACCUACUUCCAGCAGCUGGGAGCUCCACUCCGCAACUCAGGUGUCCCCAACCCUCAUGACAGCGCCUUCAGCCUGCCCAGCAAGGCCAAGCAGAAGCUGCUGAAGCAUGGGGUGAACCUGCUGUGAGCUGCUGUGCUCAGACAACGGCUCAGCCCUGCAGAAUGUUCAUCUCCAGUGAGGAAAAUCUCAGCUAUUCAUGCCAACAGAGGCAGGAGGCCCUGCCCUGCCCCUAUGGGGUCUCCAGCCUGCCUGGCCCUGAGGAAGGGACACUCCUUGCCCUGUCCUGCAGCACAUUUUGGGCCAGUGCAGGUGUCAUUGACAGCAUUUACCAAAGACUGAGGACAGAAUGCAGAAUCCUGGUUUACAUGGACUUUACAGGGACUCUCUUGGUGCUCUGCAGACUCCCCAUGUGCCUUGAUCUGAGGUAAAGCCUCACCUUGCUGUGAGUUGCACAGCCCCCAGGCAGUGCUGGCUUUCAGAGGCCUGCACUUGCCCUGGUCAGACUUUGGCUUUAUUUAUAUCCCUUAAUCCAUGGGAAUGAUCCUGCCAUGACCUAGUGCCUUACCUUGGUUAGCAGUGCCUGCUUGUUCUCACACAGGAGCAGGACAAGAGCUGCAGAGCUCACAAUCCCCCUCUGGGUGCUCCCAGGAGGUUUUUAUGCCACAGGUGACUCAGGAGGGAUGUCCCUGUCCCUCCACACCUCUCUGGUCAGUGAUGGUCCAGCCCAGCCCUGCCUUCCUUGUGCCCACCUGGAUGUGCAGCCUCACAGGGGCUGCUGAUGGUGGUGUGAGUGUCCCUCAGCCUUGUGCUUCCACCCUCCUGCUGCAGGACCUCACUUCACUGCUCUUAUUGCUCUGUUUGCCCACACUCUGCAGACCCUGAAGUUGCCUCUGAGCUGAUGGGACCAAAGAGGUUUUGUAUCCCCUCAGCAGCUGUUCCCUUUCUGCUCUGACAGUGUCCCCAGUCAGUGGUGGCCAGGGGGGGCCUGUGGUGGUGGCUGCUUACACUGAGGGAGGGAUACCUGUGUUUGGCUGGGCUUGGAACCUGCUGCUGGCACACUCCUCAGUGUGACUGUGGAAAUAAAGGAGUCUCAAGGCUCA